AACACAAAAGAAACUACUCAAUUUCAGCCAUUCCCUUUGAUCAUCUCUCAAACAUAAAGGCCUAUUUCCAAGAUUCAAAUUUUUUUCGCCAAAUCAAUAAAAUAUCUUGAAGGUCUACCAAUUUUUCGGUAUUACCAUUUUCACCGAUCCUAUAAAAUACCCAUUUUUUCAGUGUUGUUAACCCAAAAAAACAUCUCAAAAACCCUCUCUCUUCUUAUUGUAGCACUAUAGGCUUCACUUUGCAAUAGAAGGCCUCCUUUCAAGGCUAUUGUCUUUUUUUGUUUGUCACAUUUUUGCAAGCGUGGGUUUGAUUCUCUCUCGUUGUUGACCUCAUCUUAAUUGCCCUCCCUAUUUAUAAUCUCAAAGCAAAGCAAUCUCUUUUCUUGUAUGCUCAAAGUUCAAACCAUGGAUGACACAAUUCUCUACCAUCCAAUAAAAUUCACCCAACACAAAAAAACCACCACCAAAUUCAUCAAAAACCAAAACCACAAAAAACCCCAUCAAAACAUUUCAUGCGUCCGAAUUUCCAUGACCGAUCCCGACGCCACCGAUUCCUCGGGAGACGAAAGCGACGACGACCUCUUCCCCCGCCAACGCGUCAAGCGAUACAUCACCGAGAUCAAAAUGGAGACAGCCACUGUCGACACUCUCCGCAUCAAACCCAAGCCCAUGAAGACGCCCAAAGCGGCGUUGCCGAGGAAGUUCCGCGGCGUCCGGCAGCGGCCGUGGGGGAAAUGGGCGGCGGAGAUAAGAGACCCUUGCCGGAAAGUCAGGCUCUGGCUCGGAACCUACGACACCGCCGAGGAGGCCGCCAUGGUCUACGACAACGCCGCGAUCAAGCUCCGCGGCCCCAACGCCCUCACAAACUUCACCGCGCCGCCGCCGGAGUCGGUUUCGGGCUAUGAUUCCACUGACGAGUCUUCUCAUGUUGCUUCCUCUCCGGUUUCGGUUCUCCGGUUUGAUACUAGCCGGUUCAGUGCUGAACCGGCUAGUUUAACCAGUAAGUAUACUGGAUCCGGUCCGUCUGGACCGGUUCUGGAGUGUGUGAAGGAAGGGACUAGUUUUGACUCGGUUGGAUUCGAGGGUGUAUUUAUUGGCCGGUCUAGAUGUGAGGCCGGUCCGGUUCACAACUAUAAUAUGGAAGUGUGUGAAGCAGAAACGAGUUCAGUACCCGAUUACUCUAGCGAUUAUUUGCCAACAGACAUUCCGGUUUUCGACGAUUUCUUCGAUUUUGAUCCGCAAGAGCAUUUGCUCGAGAACGGAACGAGUUUUUGCAGUGAUUUCUAUAAGGAUUCGUUUCUAGAACUCGGUUCACUCGACGUGGAGGAUUAUUUUGAAGACAUGAGCGGUUUCGACGGUGUUGAUGCAUUGUUAUCGUUGUAAUCAAUGUUCAAGAAAUUAUAUAGUAUAUGUUUCAUGUUUGAUGAAUUAACAUAGUCGGUUUGCCGAUUAAAUGGCAAAUUUUGUUUCUUUCCCGACUCUCGGCUUGUAAUUUGUUUAAUUAAUCAAGUAUAGUUAGAGUAGCUACUUAGAUCUAAUGUAAUGCUAUCUCCAUUAUAAAUAAAUGGGAUUUGUUAUC